CACUGAAUAGACUUAGAUGACAACAUCGAGAAGGAAAUUAAAAUGGCAGGCCAGAUUCAUUGUAAAAUGAUCCUGCUAAGGAAGAUAGAGAGGAUGGCUCGAUGGCCACCUUUCAGAACGUUCUAGCCUAGUCCCUGCCAGGGAAGUGAGCUGGGACAGUUUCACACUGGUCAAAACUCAGUGCUGGCUGAAGAAGCUUUUUGGGAAUCCCGCAUUUUGUCCAGCUUGGUAAGUUCACUGAAUACUGAGUGUCUGAAGAGACGAUGUACAAAGGGGGCACAAGUACACGCCGUCUCACCACUGAGAAGGCCGUUGUCAAUUAUUCCCCAUAAUGUGCAGCUGAAAAAUAGCGUACCAAAACACUGCUUGAUGGGCUAGGUAUGUACUAUGUAAUGUUUCUUUGAACUUGUUCCAAAAUCUGUUUCCAAAUUCAUGUUUCGUUGAAGGUGGGAACAUUUUCCCGAAACGCAAGCAAAAACUAUCUGGAACAAGAUUCAGAGUAGAGAAGAUCUAAAGAAUAGCAGAGUAAAUAGGACACACCACAGGAAGUAGGCGGAACAUGGCCUCCAGUAGGCGCCUCAUGGCGGACAACAGCUGUAGCCUCGAAAGAUCCGAGGAGGAGGAGGAGAAGGAGGAGAAGGAGGAGGAGGAGGAGACAGGUGUGUUUGUGGGUCCGCUCCGCCGAGACAGAAGUCCCGACCAGCUCGCUGUGCUCAUCUUCCGCCUGCUCAACUGCGUGGGCGUGAGGAGCACAGACAUCUGCAAGAUCUCCGUCAACACACGGCUGGGCUACGCCAAGGUCGGCCUGCACGCGCUCACCUGCCAGGAGUACGCGCUCAGGGUGCUAGGAGAGCCGCAGAACGUGAUGAGUAUCUUUGACCUGAGGGACAUCAGUCUGAGGCCGCACCGACUGACGGUGCAGAGGUUAAGGGUCAAUGGAGGGAAGGACGAGAUGUUCACUCCCCAGACCUCUGCCUGUAUCCAGGCUUCUCAGCCCUGCCAAGGUCACUGCCAAAGUAACUGUCAAGGUCACUGCCAAAGUCACUGCCAAGGUCACAGCCAAGGUCACUACCAAAGUCACUAUCAAGGUCAUUGCCAAAGUCACUGUCAAGGUCACUGCCAAAGUAACUGUCAAGGUUACAGCCACAAUCACUGCCAAGGUCACAGCCAAGGUCGCAGCCUGAGCAUGCCACAGACUAGACACGUUAGCACGGGGCAGAGAGAAGCGACAUCCCCGCCAAGAUCUCGCGCUACUGAAGGCGUCAAGGAGGCCCCGCUCAGCCCCGUGCCCGCCCACUCUCCCCGGCGAGAGACUCCCAGUCCUCGUGGAGAGUCAAAGGCUUCAUCUAAUGAUCGUAAAGAACCAGAGGUGCAGGGUUCGAAUCCUGGGCAAAGAGAUACUGUGACGGGGUCUUCCUCCCUUCCGCCGGAGGCUCCCAGUGACAGCAGCUCGACCCAGUCUCUGCCCCGGGAGUUCACGCGCUUGGAGGAGGAAGACGACUCUCUGUCCGCAGACCCGGACUGCUGUAACCGAUCACGCUGCUGUGACGCCCCGCCAGAGACCACAGCGUCAUGUGACACACGUGGCAAAGGUAUUUGUGACGUCACAGCCCGCCUCAACACGUCACAGAGCAGGAGGCAGGAGGGCGGGGAGAGCCCGGAGCCAGUUUCCGACAACCCUGGACGCCAGGCUGAGACGUCUGGGGAGGAUAAUGCUCCUGGUGGGGGUCCCUCAGACCAGCACGAUCUAUCUAGUGGUCACUCAGACCAGCACCACCUAUCUAGUGGUCACUCAGACCAGCACCACCUAUCUAGUGGUCACUCAGACCAGCACCACCUAUCUAGUGGUCACUCAGACAAGCACGACCUAUCUAGUGGUCACUCAGACCAGCACGACCUAUCUAGUGGUCACUCAGACCCGCACCACCUUCCUAGUGGUCAGUGUGAGCAGGAAGGCCGUGAAACAGCCACCACGUCACGCCACGUGGACACAGACCAGCAGAAGUCGCCGACGGUCAACUCUCACAGUCUCCCGUCCCAGGACAGGCCGCCCACAACUUCCGGCACCCAGGUCACCGCUGGCCGCGACGCCUCUGAGCCGGCAGCGCUCAAACUGGACGCAAAAACCUCCACAUCGACCUUGUCCCCCGGGUACAGCUUCUGCCUGGAGAGAUCUUUCUACCACAGGGGGGAGCGGGUGUUGGUGCCGGGCUGUGUGGAGAGACAGAGCGAGGGCGGACCACCCUUUGUGGAAUACUACGGAAGCAGCAACUGCUACAUCGUACAUCAGAGGCGGUACCGAGAGCGCACGGCGUGUUCUGUGUGCGCCAUGCUGAACACGGAGGGAGGGGCCAUCUACUUCGGCGUUCACCCGGACGGAAGGGUCAAGGGCGCCGUUGUGAGCCAGAGGAUAGAGGACCAGCUACGCUGUGACAUCGACACAAUGGUCAUGAUGAUCAAGCCAAUGAUAUCCCCGUCAGCGUACAGCGUCAAUUUUGUCAAGGUGAUGGGCGACAACGGUCAGCUGGUGCCGGACCUCCGAGUCCUGGAGAUCGUGAUCAAGAAACAAGAGAACCAGUACAGGUUAAAUGGAAACAUCUACGUCAUCAAGGAGGGCCGAGUGAGGAUAAGUAGACAGAGCUGACCACCGAGUGAGGAUAAAGUAGACAGAGCUGACCACCGAGUGAGGAUAAGUAGACAGAGCUGACCACCGAGUGAGGAUAAGUAGACAGAGCUGACCACCGAGUGAGGAUAAGUAGACAGAGCUGACCACCGAGUGAGGAUAUAGUAGACAGAGCUGACCACCGAGUGAGGAUAAAGUAGACAGAGCUGACCACCGAGUGAGAAUAAAGUAGACAGAGCUGACCACCGAGUGAGGAUACAGUAAACAGCUGACCACUGUGCUGGAGACUGCAUACGUCAAGUGCUCUGAUCGUUUGUGUAUAUCGUGGGUCGGCCGUUCAGAUUUAAGAAGCCCAAAGAUCCUUUUUAAUGACAGAUUCAUAAUCUGUGGUUUUGAUUGUAU